AUGGGUCCUCGCUUUUUUAUGAAAGUAAUGCAAACUAAAUCGUCGAAAUAUAUGCGUUCCGAAUCAUUGUUAUCAUCCCGUUUAAAUGUUGAUGAAAAACUCUUAAAACUUUGUGAAGAAACACAUGACUUGUACACAACAGCAAAAGAUAGUUUAUUAAGUACGAUUGGUACGUCAGAUGUACCAGAUGAAUUACAGUCAAUACGUUCAAAUUUUAUUGAACAAUUAAAAACUGGACUUGGAUUCGAUUCAACUCAAGUUGAUGUGUCGACAACGCCAAAGCGUCGAUCAUCUGUUGGUGAACGUCGAGGUAGAAUUCGUGCAAAAGCCACAACAAUAAAUCUGAAGCAGGAAGAUGACUCGGAUGUCGAUGAAGCAUGCUUGAAACAACCAGAAGACAAUAACGGCCGGCACGAAAAUACUACACAACAAAAGAAACGUCGUCGUAUCAGAAAAAAACGCAAUGAAUUUACAGAACUAUAA